GAUUCCUUCAAUUUGGGCUCUCCGAAACUAACUUGGCUUCUCGAUCCAUCCACUUCGAAACUUCCUUUUUUUCACAAUUUCAAUUCGUUUCGUUUCUUCCAAGUUAUCCUGUUCACCAAAGCAAGUCCUUUCCCUAUUCUUUUUCUUUUUCUUUUUCUUUUUCUUUCUGACCAACUAAAGAAACCUCUUUGUCACCUCUGCUAUUCUCACCAUUUGAUCCAUUUGCUAGUGGAUCAUCUCUGUGAAACUUCUACCUUUUUUUCACCAUUUCAUUUUGUUUCGUUUCUUUCAAAUUGUUUUGCCUAUCAUUUCUGAAAAUUUCUUGCCCAAAAAAAUAAUAAUAAUAAUAAAUAACCCAGUUCCUUUCGUAUUCACUUUGAUUCUGUCUAACUAAACAAACCUCUUUAUCUCACUUCUGCUAUUCUCACUUCUUCAUUCAUUUGGUGGUUCUUUUCUUGUCUCUGUACUUCUGUUAUCUGUGUAUUGUUUUGUGUCUGUUUUCCAAUACUCAAAAAGAAAAAAAAUAGUGGAAAAUGUCGGGCACCGAAGUUGGUAUUGCUGUUGCUGGCAGUGUCGCUGGCAAAGUUGCAGAGAACCUGGUUGAUCGAAUUUUCAAUCUAAUCUGGAACGGAAUAGCUCGUGUAUUCAAAUGGAAGACUAAUUUAAAGAAUCUGGAGAAAGAAGUUAAGAAGCUGGUCGCGGAAAGAGAUAGUGUGCUGCAAGUUAUGGAAGAUGCUGACAGAAGAGGGGAAGAGGCUGUGCUGAAGGUCAAGAUUUGGCUGACUGAUGCAGAGAAGUACAUUGGAGAGAUGCAGAAGUUAGAGGUUGAUAAAGACAAGGCCAAGAAGAAGCGUUUCCGAGGGUUCUGUCCUAAUCCCAGGGCACGGUGCCAAAUCAGCAAGCAGGUAGAGGAGCAUUUGGUGGCUGUUACUCAACUCCUACGAGAAGCUGAAAAAUUCAAGAUCCCAGAUUUCUACUGUCCUCCAAAAUCUACAGCACUAGUUAAUAAAGGUUUUGAGGACUUUGGGUCAAGAACGCCUGAUUUGAACCGUAUAAUGGAGGCCUUGAGAAAUACUGGCACUGACAAGAUAGGUGUGUAUGGGAUGCCUGGUGUUGGGAAGACCAUGUUAGCAAAAGAAGUUGCCAGACGAGCUGAGGAAGCCCAUUUAUUUGAUUCAAUUGUAUUUGCUUCUGUGACAAAGGAUCCAGACUUGAAAAGAAUUCAAGGAGAAAUUGCUGACAAGUUAGAUCUAAAGCUUCAUGGGGAGACUGAAUUUGGGAGAGCAAAUCAACUAAAGGCAUAUCUGAAGAAAAAGAAGAGAAUUCUUGUGAUUUUAGAUGACAUCUGGUCGAGGCUAGAUUUGGAUGAACUUGGAAUUCCUUUUGAAGAAAAAAAGAACGAGGCAAGUUCAAUUGGUGAAGAACAGAUGCAAUGCAAGAUUCUCUCCACGUCUAGAUUUCUCAAUGUCUUAUCAUGUGACAUGGAUACUAAUAAAAAUUUUGAAGUUCGCCCAUUACAAGAUGAAGAAGCAUGGGAGCUUUUGAAGAAGAUUGUUGGCGACGAAAUUGAAACUUCUGGCUUGCGGCUUACAGCGAUGGAGAUUGCCAAAGAAUGUGCUGGGCUACCACUGGCCAUUCAAUCUCUCGGCAAGGCUUUGAGAGGAAAGGGAUCUUAUGAAUGGAGGGAUGCUCUGCUACAACUGAAAAAGCCCUCUCCAGGGAACUUUGAGGGUAUCUCUGCAAAUGUUUAUUCAGCAAUUGAAUUGAACUACCAGCAUUUAGAAAGAGAAGAACUAAAGCAAACUUUCUUGCUUUGUAGUUUGUUCGGACAGAAUGCUUAUAUAGAAGACUUGCUAACAUAUGGUAUCGGCUUGGGCUUAUUUCAGAAUGUCAGCACAAUAGGAGAAGCACGAGAUAGACUACUAACAUUGGUUAGUAAUCUAAAGUCUUGUUCUUUGUUGCUUGAUGGGAAUAGCGAUACUCACAUUAAAUUGCAUGAUAUUGUUCUUGAUGUGGCCAUAUCCAUUGCCUCGAAGGACCACCAUGUGCUAUCAUUAAUACAUGAUAACAUACCCAAAAAGUGGUCAGAUAGGGAGGCCAUGGGAGAUGUCAAAUGGAUUAGUAUACAACAUGCUACUAUUAGUGAGCUCCCUGAUGAGCUGGACUGUCCGCAACUUACCUUAUUCUGUUUAUCUAGCAAGAAUCCUUUUAUGAAAAUUCCAGACAAUUUUUUUCGGGGAAUGCCAAAUCUCAGAGUCUUGGAUUUUACCAUGAUGUAUUUCUCAUCCAUGCCUCCAUCAAUUUGCCUCCUGAAAAACCUCCAUACAUUACAUAUGCAUCAAAGUGUUAUAAAGAAAAUAGGUAUUGUUGCAGAGCUGAGUGGUUUGGAAGUCCUUAGCCUUUCAAGAAGUGAUAUUGAAGAGUUGCCAACGGAAAUUGGACAUCUGACCCAACUAAAGUUUCUAGAUUUGAAUGAUUGUACCAAGCUCAAAGUGAUACGACCCCAUGUCUUAGAGAGUUUGUCCAGGCUAGAAGAACUGUACCUGCAAAACAGCUUCAAUCAAUGGGAUGCUAACGGACUUGGAAAUCAAAGAAAUGCUAGCCUGGCUGAGUUGAAGAAUUUGCAUAACCUAGUUGCUUUAGAUGUGCAUGCAUGUGAUGUCCAAAUUAUUCCAGAAGACUUAUUAGACUUAUUCUCUGAAAGAUUGGAAAGAUACAAGAUAUUCAUUGGAGAGGUGUGGAACAGCAGGGAUGGUUCUUUCAAGAGCUCAAAAAUAUUGAAGCUGGAGUUGAAUACAAGAAUUACUUGUGACCAUUCUAUCUGCAUGUUGUUGAAGAAAACAGAAGAACUACAUCUAGACGAACUGAAGGGUGUGAAGAAUAUAGUUUCUGAGUUUGAUGCUGAAGGUUUUCAAGAACUGAAGUAUCUUUAUGUUCAAAAUGCUCAUGAGAUUCAGCAUAUCAUUAACUCAGUGGGGGAGAUUCCUCGGUAUGCAUUUCCCCUCUUAGAAGUACUAUUUCUUCGGAAUUUGAAUAAUAUGGUGAAGAUUUGUCAUGGCCAGCUGGCAGAAACAUCUUUUAGAAGAUUGAGAACUAUAACUGUUGAAUGUUGUUAUCAGCUCAAGAGUUUGUUCCCAUUCUCCAUAGCUAGACGGUUUCUCCAACUUGAAGAAGUUAGAGUAAUAGAUUGCUCUAACAUGUUAGAGAUUGUUGAUGAGGAAGGGCAAGUGACCACUAAUGAAAUAACAGAAGCAAAUGAGAAUUUUGAGUUUGCCCAUCUACGGUUCCUGAAAUUGCAGUAUUUGCCAAAGUUCAAUAGAUUGUGCCAUGGACUUGUGGAAGCAAAUGAUUCAAGGUCCAAGCCUGUAUCACUUUUCAAUGAAAAGACUAUCUUUCCAAACUUAGAGGAGUUGCAAUUGUCCUCGCUCAACGUUAAAAUUAUAUGGAGCAGUCAGCUUUCCGCAAAAUCCUGCUGUAUUCAGAGUCUGACAAAGCUGAUCAUUGAGGGCUGUGAUAAUUUGAAACACCUGUUGUCACCCUCUAUGGCUAAAUGUCUGCUACAGCUCAUAUACAUUGAAAUAAAAAAAUGCAAGAGGAUGAGUGUAAUAAUUGCACCAGAGAAUGAAGAAGAAAUGGAAGAUUUAAUUUCGUUUCCGAAAUUAAACAUCCUGCAUAUUCAAGAUCUUGAAAACCUUAGUAGAUUUUGCUCUGGAAACUAUAGUGUUGAAUUUACAACUUUGAAGAAAUUGUUUAUAAGAAAUUGCCCAGAAUUAAGGGGGUUCACGGUCAAUACAAGCACAGAUGUUAUGGAUGGACUACAAUCCCUCUUUAAUGAAAAGGUUGUGUUUCCCAGCUUGGAACAAUUGCGAAUCAGUGGCUUGGAGAAGUUGAGGAUCAUAUGGCAUCAUCAUUUCCCUGCAGAAUCGUUUGGCAAACUAAAAAAUUUAUCCAUUUCAUAUUGUAAUAAAUUAUUGAAUGUUUUCCCAUCUUAUAUGCUUGCUAGAGUAUUGACAUCAGUGGAGGAGUUGCGGGUAGAAUGUUGUGGUAGUCUAGAAGAGAUAUUUGAAAUUGGGGAAUUGAAUGUGGAAGAGUCACAUGCUGUGGUAAACACUCAGUUAAGAAAUUUGUUUCUUUCGCUUUUACCAAGGUUGAAGUAUUUGUGGAGCCAGGAUCCCUGCGGAAUUCUUUCUUUUCGGAACUUGCAGACUGUGGUAACUUCUAGUUGUCAGAACCUCCAAAAUAUGUUUCCAGCUUCAGUGGCAAUGGGGCUUCAGCAACUUGAAGUGUUGAAGAUAAACACUUGUGCGAUGAUGGAGGAAGUUGUAGCAUUGGAAGAAGGAGAUGAAGCAGUUCCCAGGUUUGCGUUUCCUCGUUUAUCUACUCUUAAGCUGUGGAAUCUACCAAGACUCAAGUAUAUCUAUAGUCGCAAACACGUAAUAGAGUGCCGCAAUUUAAAAGAUUUCUGUGCAUUUCAAUGUGGCCCUUUUAAAGAAACAAAAGCAGAGAGGCUUGACAAAUUUCCAGUUCAGCUGCCGCUUUUCUCUAUAAAAAAGGUUAUUCCUAAAUUAGAGAAACUGUCAUUAACAAGUGAUGACAUUACAAUGAUAUCUGAUGGCCAAUUUCCAGGAGACCUCUUUUGCAAUGUUAAAGUUCUUCGUCUUCUUACUCAUAAAGAUAAAUCACCUGUUUUUCCAAUUCACUUCCUUCUAUCUUUUCGCAAGUUGGAAAAGCUUCAUGUAGCUUUUUCUAAUUUCAAGGAGUUAUUCCCUUCUGAAGACGACACUGAUGGUCAGGGGAAAUGUGUGGGACCAGUACUAUUACAUAUUAGAGAGUUGAAGUUGAAUUCACUCAAUAAUCUGAAGCAUAUAUGUAACCAAGAAUCUGGAGGAGCUGGUCUAAUUCUUCAAAAUCUUAAAAUUCUGAAAGUGAAUUACUGUCCUGGCUUGAUUAGCUUAGCAUCUACGGCACCUUUCCACAAUCUCACCACUUUGGUUGUAUGCAGUUGCCAAGGGUUAAGAAACUUGGUUUCACUCUCAACAGCACGAAGGCUGUUCCAACUUGAAACAAUGAGCAUAAGAGAAUGCCAUUCACUGACUGAAAUAGUUGGAGAUGAGAGAGAUGGCUUAGAAGAUGAGAUUUUUUUUAUGAAAUUAAAAGUUUUGAAACUCAUAGGGUUAACAAAACUCACAAGCUUCUCUUCAAGACUUAAUUUCACCUUCAAGUUCCCAUCUUUAGAACACUUGGUUGUGAGGCAAUGUCCCAACAUGGAGAACUUCUGUAAGGGAGUCCUAAAGACUCCAAUGCUGCAGAGGAUAUCACUGGAAGACUACCAUGAGGGGCGUCCCGUGGUUGAACUGAAUAGCACCAUAAAUCAAUUGUACAACGACAUGGUUGGAUAUGCUGGGUUAAGACAUUUGAAAUUCUUGGAGUUUCCUAAAUUGAGGGAAAAAUGGAACAAGAAUCCUCAAGAUAUCUUGGAUUUCCAAUGGAUUGUGAACCUGGAAAUUUGUCACUGUGAUAGCUUGAGGUACCUCUUAACUCCUUCCAUGGUGCUGAGUCUUUCUAGUCUCCAGGCAAUCACGGUACAAAACUGUGAAAUGAUAGAGCAAAUCAUCACACAAGAGGAAGCUAUAGAGGUACCAGAAAAUCAAAUGAUAAUCCCCCAGCUAGUUUCCGUUUCUCUGAAGUCUUGUCCCAAAUUGACAAGUUUUAUUGUGGGAAGUUAUAAACUUGAGUGUCCAUCAUUGCUUGGCAUCAAGAUAGGCGAUUGUCCAAAGAUGGUUACAUUUUCUUCAACAUUUUCAAGAGUGCAAGAGAAAGAGAAAAUUGGUGGAGGAAGUGAAGAAAUGCUUGGAAAGGAAGUUCUUGAUAUCCAUACUGAACCAUUCUUCAGUGAUCAGGUUAAGUUUUCCAGCUUUGUGGUGUUGAAACUUUCCUCAAUGAACAUGCAACAAAUAUUCCAGAAACAACUUUCAACAAUUUCUUCGGUUGUUCAGAGUGUAGGACGCUUGACUCUUGAAGGAUGUACUAAUUUGACAUAUCUAUUUACAUCCUCAAUGAUUAAAAGUUUUGUGACUCUCCAAAUUCUUAUAAUUCGUGAUUGUACAAUGAUGAAGGAGGUAAUAGUAACAGAAGGAUUAGUAGAAGAGGAAAGGAUUUUGUUCCCAAAACUUGAAGAGCUAACAUUUGAAGGCCUUCCCAAACUCAAAAGAUUCUGCUUUGGAUAUUACUUAGUGUUCCCCUUCCUGACAGAACUUCUUAUCAAGAAGUGCCCUCUAUUGGAGACGUUCAUCUCCAAUUCUAUUACUAGCAACCAGAAGGCCAAUGAAAGAGUAGAAGAAAAGAAUUUGGAGGAUUACGUCCAUACUUAUACGCCACCUCUUUUCAGUACAAAGGUGGUGUUCCCUAAUUUAAAGGAGCUUUUUAUCUUCCAGAUGGGGAGCUUGAUUAGGAUAUGGGAUGAACAACUUGAUGAAGACUCGUUCCACAAACUAUAUCUCCUACAAAUAUUUGAACCUCAAGGACUAGAUGCUGAUGAAUCAGAAGCACAAAUAACUUCUCAAUCAGCUUUGGUGGAAACAGCCCCUAAUUUUGUAUUUCCAAAAGUAACAUCUUUGGAUCUUCAGUGGCUACCCAAUCUCAAGAGUUUCUACACUCAAAUACAUACUACAGAAUGGCCAUCAUUGAAAAAAUUGAACGUGAGUGGAUGCCAUAAAGUGCAGAUAAUAGCUUCAGAACUUUCGAGAACAAGUGGAGAGAAACAACUUGAAAUCCAAAUUAAACGCCCUCUGUUCUGGGUCAGUAAGGCUACAUUCCCCAAUCUAGAAGAACUGAUAGUGGAGCGGAAUGAUGACCUGAGGGAGAUAUGGCAUGAUGAUGAUGAUGUCAAGAAUGACAUUAUUUUUACCAAACUAAAGUCUUUGCAACUUAAAUGUCUUCCAAGACUAGCAAGCUUCUGCUUAGGGAAUUGCAACUUUGAAUUUUCAUCUUUGGAAGAUGUGAUGGUGAUGGGGUGUCCAAAUAUGAUGACUUUCUCCGGGGGAGAAGUAAGUACACCUAGCUUGCAGAAAGUAAAAUCCAAAAAAGAUGAAGGUGUAGAAUGUUGGGAAGGUGGCCUUAAACCCACAAUACAACAGUUGUUUGCAAAAAAGGCAUGAUCAAAUAAAAAUGGUAGGUGAUAAUAGUAAACUCCACUGAUUAUUUUUAGUUUGAAAACUUCUUUCUGCAAUGUUGAGCCUCAAGUGCUGAUGACAACUCACUAAAUAAGACUCAUGACUAAACCUAUCCUUUACAA